UUCUGCUCUUGCCAGUUUCUCUUACAUAGCUCUGCCAAUGCACCUGUGUCCUUCUUUUUUUUAUUAGUGGAAUAAAUUGCCACUUAAAACCUACAUACCCUGGAAGGUCUGGCCUCACUCUAGGUAGCUUUAGCUGAAUAUCUGCCCUUUAAAUCCUCCCUCUUCCCAAUUCAAUAUGCCUAUUAUGCAGUCUGCUUUGUUUCCCCUUCUUAGGCACAGACCUUUUCCAUGGUUCACUUUCCCCAACCCCAUUCAGUGUCCUUUGUAACCAUGGCAAUUUGUCCAGGGAAGAGGGCUUUUUUGAGUCACAAAAGUUUUCUGUCAUCAGACACAGGGUCCUUGGAACGUCCUACCCCCACCCCCCAGCAAACAUCAUUAAACAAAAAUACUCUGUGCAAACAUUACUCCCCACCUUAAUAAUGAUUCCACGUCAUCCCCCCGAUUUCCACAUCCUUUGGCCAUUGUUCAAUACGCUUGACAGCCGCUGCCCAGGACAGACCGGCACUGGGAAAGCAGAGGCGCAGCAUCACAGUUAUGCGAGGAUCCAGGAAUAGAAUAGGGCAGGAGACAGGAGUGAGGUGAAAGGGCAGAGCUGGGUUGCUCGGGGUGAUUGGAAGGCAAGAUGCAUUGGCAGAGCUGUGAAAGGGUGAUCGGGACUGGGUUGCAAAGGGUAUUAAAAGAUUAGGAUUACCUACCCAUGCUUUUAAUCACUCAUUUUCAGGAGCCCCAAAUCUACCCCACAAUCCCCAGGGCUAAACUGUUCAUUAGCAUGCCUACAUGUUCCUGUCAGAGCCCUACAUGUACAUAGGGUGACCAGACAGCAAAUGUGAAAAAUCGGGACUGGACCCAAAAAUCGGGACUGUCCCUAUAAAAUUGGGACAUCUGAUCACCCUACAUGUACAAACCACUUCCGCACAAGGCUGAAGCCACCAUCGUUUUAGACUGAACUCACCAUCCAGGGCCCAUCGGCACUGCUUCUCUGUCAGCUGCAGGGGCACGGGACCCUCAUGCACAGGUUAGGGAUCCAGCUUCUCCAGAGAACAAAAGAUCAGAAGCACAAAUGUCUAUUGUGUUAUGACCCCUUUGGCACUGUUGUGCCACCCCUCCCCUGUCCUCCUUUUGAAACCCCUGUCAGGGCACCAUUGCAUCCUGUCUGUUCCCAGCUGCCAGAGCAGCUCAUUGUGAGAGACCCUGAGGCUGCCCGGGGUAACACCACAGGCCCAGAAUAGGAGAGGAGCAAAGGUGGCAGUUGAAAGCCCCCUGAACAGUGACACGAGAGUCAAUUCCCUCUGACAAGCCUAUUACAAAGGCUUAGCAUCUAGGUAUCCCGUUCCAUCCUCAAAACACCUCUCAUGCAUUAACUCAUCAACUCUUUCAGACACCCCUGUGGUGAGGGAAGGAUCAUGAACCCCAUUUUACAGACAGGGAAAUGGAGGCACCCAAAAGCCACAGAAUGAGUUGGUGCCAGAGCUGAGGAGCUGCAGGCUUUCAGAAUGAAAAUAAUCAAAUGGCUUUGGAGCAGCAUCUUCAUCUGUGAAAGUUCUCACCUGAAGGGGACUCUGGCCAUUGUCCUCUUUGUGGGAAACAUUGCCUUUGUGAUAUCUCAGGAUAAUGCGCAGACGUCAAACAGCCUCGAAGAAGGAGCAGAUGUCACGGCAUACUGGUGGGGGGAGUGGACCAAAUGGACAGCAUGCACAAGAACCUGUGGGGGAGGUGUCAAAUCCCAGGAGAGGCAUUGCCUCCGGCAGAGAAGAAAGUCAGUGAGUGGGCUUGCUAACAAAACUUGCACUGGGACAUCCAAAAGAUACCAGCUCUGCAAAGUACAAGAGUGCCCUCCUACCGGAAGGAGCUUUCGAGAGGAACAGUGUUCAUCAUUUAACUCCCAUGUGUAUAACGGAAGAACGUAUCAAUGGAAACCUUUAUAUCCUGAUGACUAUGUUCACAUUUCUAGCAAGCCCUGUGACCUCCAUUGCACCACUGUGGAUGGUCAGAGACAGUUAAUGGUUCAGGCUCGGGAUGGAACAUCCUGCAAAUACACUGAUUUCCGAGGGGUUUGCGUGUCUGGAAAAUGUGAGCCAAUUGGAUGUGAUGGGAUUCUAUUUUCCACCCACAUGUUGGAUAAAUGUGGAGUUUGCCAAGGGGAUGGGAGUAGCUGCACUCAUGUAACUGGGAGUUACAGAAAAGGAAAUUCUCAUCUCGGCUAUUCUCUGGUAACGCACAUUCCUGCUGGAGCCAGAGAUAUCCAGAUAGUAGAACGGAAAAAAUCGGCAGAUGUUUUGGCUGUUGCAGAUGAAGCUGGAUACUAUUUUUUCAAUGGGAAUUACAAAGUCGACAGCCCAAAGAACUUCAACAUUGCAGGCACGGUGUUCAAGUACAGGAGACCUAUGGAUGUUUACGAAACUGGCAUAGAAUAUAUCGUCGCUCAGGGGCCGACUAAUCAAGGCUUGAAUAUAAUGGUAUGGAACCAAAAUGGCAAGAACCCAUCUAUAACAUUUGAAUAUACUCUUCUAAGGAAGCCACAUUCAAAAAUUAUUCAGCCUAUUUAUUACACCUUUUCUGAAUCCGAGAGUGAGGAAAGCAGAGAGUUUGAUGGAGAAGUGCCUUUGGGGUUUAGCCAGCGCAAUGCAAGCUACUUCGGGAAACUCUCCAGGGAAAGGAUAGAUCUGGCGAACCAGGUGUUUGGGAGGCAGGACACUGAGGAAGACCUGAACUUGAGCAAAGGUCAGGAAACCAAUGAAGUUUAUGAAAGAUCAGAAGCAAUUGACUGUGAACCAAAACUGAAGGGCAAACAACCCAAAGAUUCAAAUGCAACCAGGUCUGCUUACCUGACAGACAGAGAUGACAGAGACUUUGACUCACAAUUCACCUCCAAGGAGUUCCUGUCAGAAAACGCAAUCACCGACAAGCUUCUGGACAAAACCUCGGACUCGAAAGAAUUAGUCCGGAACAUGACCACAAACAGCAUCUUUGCCCAAGGGGACCCAAUCAACUCUGUGGGGUCGCACAUAGACAGCCUUUACGUCGACUACGAAGACAACGAAGGGGCUGUGACGUACAGCAUCAACGGCACCUACAUGGAGCUGAGCAGCGACAAAAUAAUCAACACUUCCUCGGAGACUCCAUUUUCGAACGCUACCAUUACUCUGACCAGCCCCCAAGGGAACAGAACCCACAAAGCAAGAAACAGAUUGAAGUUGUUAAGAAAGGGCCAAGGUGUGAGUGCUGCUGACAUGUACAGGUGGAAGCUUUCCUCCCACGAACCCUGCAGCUCUACAUGCACCACAGGAGUGAUGUCCACAUAUGCAAUGUGUGUUCGUUAUGAUGGGAUCGAAGUGGAUGAUACGUACUGUGAUGCCAUGACCCGUCCCGAGCCUGUCCAUGAGUUCUGUGCUGGAAGAGAAUGCCAGCCAAGGUGGGAGACAAGUAGCUGGAGUGAGUGUUCCCGCACCUGUGGGGAAGGAUACCAGUUUCGCAUCGUCCGAUGCUGGAAGAUGAUCUCCCCUGGUUUCGACAGCUCUGUCUAUAGCGAUCUGUGCGAAUCUGCUGAUAUUACCCGACCGGACGAACGCAAAAUCUGCAAGAACCCAGCAUGUGGGCCUCAGUGGGAAAUGUCCGAGUGGUCAGAGUGUUCGGCCAGGUGCGGCGAGAGGAGCGUGGUGACCAGGGAUAUCCGGUGCUCGGAAGAUGAGAAGCUGUGUGAUGUGAACACCAAGCCGCCGGCUGAGAAGAACUGCACCGGCCCCCCCUGCGACCGGCAAUGGACCGUGUCUGACUGGGGACCGUGCAGUGGCAGCUGCGGGCAGGGGAGGAUGAUCAGGCACGUGUACUGUAAAACCAGCGAUGGCCGUGUGGUGCCAGAGUCCCAGUGCAACCUGGAGACCAAGCCGCUUGCUAUCCACCCCUGUGGGGACAAGAACUGUCCUUCCCAUUGGCUGGCACAGGACUGGGAACGGUGCAACACCACGUGCGGCCGGGGGGUGAAGAAGAGGAUAGUGCUGUGCCUGGAGAUCGUCAACGGGAAAAUCAAAACACGGAACCCCACCGACUGUGAUGUCACCAAGAAACCCAUAGAAGAAACCACCUGCUUUGAGCGGCCUUGUUUCAAGUGGUACACGACUCCCUGGUCUGAGUGCACCAAAACCUGCGGCGUUGGUGUGAGAAUGCGAGAUGUGAAGUGCUACCAGGGCACAGAUAUUGUUCGUGGCUGUGACCCGCUUGUGAAGCCUGUUGGUAAACAAACCUGUGACCUGCAGCCCUGCCCCACUGAGCCACCAGAUGACAGCUGUCAGGACCAAGCUGGAACGAACUGUGCUUUGGCAAUCAAAGUGAAUCUCUGCAGCCACUGGUAUUACAGCAAAGCCUGCUGCAGGUCCUGCAGGGCUCCCCACUCCUAGUGGAGAGAUUAGACUAAUUACUGCAGCACUUGGGAGACGGAAGGAAUUAAGGGUAGACUCAUUUUGAGCAUCCAGCAUUUGGCAGGAGAAGUAACAUACACCAGGGUGAUGCUCCCAGGUUUGACGUAACCACUUACCGAUAGCUCAUCGUACCGGCAUUAUUAAGCUUUAAAUGUGCCGCAAACUUGGGGUAAGGAUGUUUUCUUCCACCACUGCACAACUGAUAUUCUGAUUCCUCAUAGCGGAGGGAAAUGGCACCAACAUUUUGUUUCGAAGCUGACGUGAAAGCUUCGUUACUACUGUACAUUGGUAGCAUGUGAUUAUCAAAAGCUGUACAUAGAAUCUUGUAUAUUUGAUUCACUCUUAAUUCCAAACAGUCACUUGUUUUAAAAGGUCUGUUCUUUGUUUUCUGCACGAGUUUCAAAUUGAGAAUGUCAAGGUGUCAAUCAUGUGAAAUUAAAGCACCAUUAUGUUUGCCUUAGCAGAAGCUCCUAUAACCUGUUUUCUAAUUCAUCCCACAGACCUGCUUUCUAGCCUUAAUUUCCUUUGUUUGGGAGCUGAAUUUCAUUUCCUAAAUGAGCGCAAGCCAAAGCCUUUUGUAAUAUGUAGGUGUAUACUUUUUCAGAGAAUUUUAUAUUAUAAUCAAACUUUAGUUUCAUAGGCCUUAUAAAAAUCAUAUUGCUGACAUAUUGUAUAUAAUAAUGAAACAUAACUGCACUUUAUAUCACAAAAAA